CUGUGCUUGGGAGGAGUGUGGGGGACUGAGAUGGGGGAGGGGUCAUUGGAAUGAUGCGGGCGCUACUUGGCAUUGUCCAUUGUGAGGCACCACCGGGGUCAUCAGGGAUUGGUGGAGAGGGAGUAUAAAGCCCCAGGGUUGCUAAGGGAGGGCCCAGACCGAAGAAGGUUUGGUGGAUAGCAGAACGUUUGUCUCCCUCUAAUUGCUCCUAAGCCUCACGCUCCCUUGCCCCGCGUGUCCUGUUGCUUCCCUGAUCUUCUCCGUGACCUGUAGCUAAACCUUCCACCAGCGCUUGAGAACUUAAUUUGAACCGGAUCCUAUCCCAGACCCCUUUCUUCUCCUCCUCCUCCUCCUCCACCUCCUCCAGGUGCCCAACAGCCCCCUUCUCCUCCUCUCCCUUCCCUUCCCCCCUUCCCCUCCCCUCCCCCUCCCCAACUCAGAUCCGGCCCCGUCCCCGUCCCCUUCCCUCCUCCCUGCCCUAAGCCACCUCCACCUCUGUCCUGGCCGCCUCAGGGCGCCCUGAAAGGACCAGGACAUGCGGGUGCAGUGGCUGCUCUUUUGGUUCCUCUUUUGGCUCCUGCUGGGAUUUGUCAGCCAUCAGUCCACCUGUGUGAGUAGAUGGGUGCUGUGGCUGCUCUUUUGGCUCCUGCUGGGAUUUAUCAGCCAUCAGUCCACCUGUGUUAUCAAUACUCUGGCUGACCAUCGUCAUCGUGGGACUGACUUUGGUGGAAGUCCUUGCUUACGUAUCAUUAUUGCGUUUCCGAGAAGUUAUAAAGUUGUCAUUACCCUCUGGACAGUUUACCUUUGGUUGUCUUUCCUGAAGACUAUCUUCCAGUCUGAAAAUGGACAUGAUGGAUCCACAGAUGUACAGCAGAGAGCCUGGAGGUCCAACCACCGUAGACAGGAAGGAAAUAAAAUUGGCCUGAAAGACGUCAUUACUCUAUGGAGACAUGUGGAAACAAAAGUUAGAGCUAAAAUCCAUAAGAUGAAGGUGACAACGAAAAUCAACCAUCAUGACAAAAUCAAUGGAAAGAGGAAGACCGCCAAAAAACAGGCAAUGUUUCAACGUGCGCAAGAGUUGCGGCGGCGGGCAGAGGACUACUACAAAUGCAAAAUCACCCCUUCUGCAAGAAAGCCUCUUUGCAACUGGGUCAGAGUGGCCCUACAGGAGCAUCGUCAUUCUUCAGGAUUGCCCUACUGGCCCUACAUCACAGGUGAAACUUUAAAAAACAGGAUGGGCCACCAGACACCUCCCUUAGCUACUCAGGAGGCUGAGGCAGAAAAACCACCCAAACCCAAGAGGCGGAGGGCCGCUGAGGUGAAACCAUCAUCACCCAAACCCAAGAGGCAGAGGGCCACUGAGGUGAAACCAUCACCCGAACCCAAGAGGCGGAGGGCCGCUGAGGAGAAACCAUCAUCACCCGAACCCAAGAGGCGGAGGGCCGCUGAGGUGAAACCAUCAUCACCCAAACCCAAGAGGCGGAGGGCCGCUGAUGUGGAAUCUUCAUCACCCGAACCCAAGAGGCGGAGGGCCGCUGAGGUGAAACCAUCAUCACCCAAACAAAAGAGGCGGAGGGCCGCUGAGGUGAAACCAUCAUCACCCAAACCCAAGAGGUGGAGGGCCGCUGAGGUGAAACCAUCAUCACCCAAACCCAAGAGGCGGAGGGCCGCUGAGGUGAAACCAUCAUCACCCAAACCCAAGAGGCGGAGGGCCGCUGACGUGGAACCUUCAUCACCCGAACCCAAGAGGCGGAGGGCCGCUGAGGUGAAACCAUCAUCACCCGAACCCAAGAGGCGGAGGGCCGCUGAGGUGAAACCAUCAUCACCCGAAACCAAGAGGCGGAGGGCCGCUGAGGUGAAACCAUCAUCACCCGAACCCAAGAGGCGGAGGGCCGCUGAGGUGAAACCCUCAACACCCGAACACAAGAGGCGGAGGGCCGCUGAGGUGAAACCCUCAUCACCCGAACACAAGAGGUGGAAGGCCGCUGAGGUGAAACCCUCAUCACCCGAACCCCAGAGGCGGAGGGCCGCUGAGGUGAAACCAUCAUCACCCGAACCCAAGAGGCGGAGGGCCGCUUAGGUGAAACCAUCAUCACCCAAACCCAAGAGGCGGAGGGCCGCUGAGGAGAAAGCAUCAUCACCCAAACCCAAGAGGCGGAGGGCCACUGAGUUGAAACCAUCAUCACCCAAACCGAAGAGGCAGAGGGCCGCUUAGGUGAAACCAUCAUCACCCAAACCCAAGAGGCGGAGGGCCACUGAGGUGAAACCAUCAUCACCCAAACCAAGGGCCACUGAGGUGAAACCAUCAUCACCCAAACCCAAGAGGUGGAGGGCCACUGAGAUAAAACCAUCAUCACCCAAAACCAAGAGGCGGAGGACCGCUGAGGUGAAACCAUCACCACCCAAACCCAAGAGGCGGAGGGCCGCUGAGGUGAAACCAUCAUCACCCAAACCCAAGAGGUGGAGGGCCGCUUAGGUGAAACCAUCAUCACCCAAACCCAAAAGGCGGAGGGCCACUGAGGUGAAACCAUCAUCACCCAAACCCAAGAGGCGGAGGACCACUGAGGUGAAACCAUCAUCACCCAAACCAAGGGCCACUGAGGUGAAACCAUCAUCACCCAAACCCAAGAGGCGGAGGGCCGCUGAGGUGAAACCAUCACCCAAACCCUAGUGGCGGAGGGCCGCUGAGGUGAAACCAUCAUCACCCAAACCCAAGAGGUGGAGGGCCACUGAGAUAAAACCAUCAUCACCCAAAACCAAGAGGCGGAGGACCGCUGAGGUGAAACCAUCACCACCCAAACCCAAGAGGCGGAGGGCCGCUGAGGUGAAACCAUCAUCACCCAAACCCAAGAGGUGGAGGGCCGCUUAGGUGAAACCAUCAUCACCCAAACCCAAAAGGCGGAGGGCCACUGAGGUGAAACCAUCAUCACCCAAACCCAAGAGGCGGAGGACCACUGAGGUGAAACCAUCAUCACCCAAACCAAGGGCCACUGAGGUGAAACCAUCAUCACCCAAACCCAAGGGCCACUGAGGUGAAACCAUCAUCACCCAAACCCAACUGGCGGAGGGCCACUGAGGUGAAACCAUCAUCACCCAAACCCAAGAGGCGGAGGGCCGCUGAGGUGAAACCAUGAUCACCCGAACCCAAGAGGCGGAGGGCCGCUGAGGUGAAACCAUCAUCACCCGAACCCAAGAGGCGGAGGGCCGCUGAGGUGAAACCAUCAUCACCCGAACCCAAGAGGCGGAGGGCCGCUGAGGUGAAACCAUCAUCACCCGAACCCAAGAGGCGGAGGGCCGCUGAGGUGAAACCAUCACCCAAACCCUAGUGGCGGAGGGCCGCUGAGGUGAAACCAUCAUCACCCAAACCCAAGAGGCGGAGGGCCGCUGAGGAGAAAGCAUCAUCACCCAAACCCAAGAGGCGGAGGGCCGCUGAGGUGAAACCCUCAUCACCCGAACCCAAGAGGCGGAGGGCCGCUGAGGUGAAACCAUCAUCACCCGAACCCAAGAGGCGGAGGGCCGCUGAGGUGAAACCAUCAUCACCCGAACCCAAGAGGCGGAGGGCCGCUGAGGUGAAACCAUCAUCACCCGAACACAAGAGGCGGAGGGCCGCUGAGGUGAAACCAUCAUCACCCGAACCCAAGAGGCGGAGGGCCGCUUAGGUGAAACCAUCAUCACCCAAACCCAAGAGGCGGAGGCCCACUGAGGUGAAACCAUCAUCACCCAAACCAAGGCCCAAUGAGGUGAAACCAUCAUCACCCAAACCCAACAGGCGGAGGGCCACUGAGGUGAAACCGUCAUCACCCGAACCCAAGAGGCGGAGGGCCGCUGAGGUGAAACCAUCAUCACCGAAACCCAAGAGGCGGAGGGCCGCUGAGGUGAAACCAUCAUCAGCCGAACCGAAGAGGCGGAGGGCCGCUGAGGUGAAACCUUCAUCACCCGAACCCAAGAGGCGGAGGGCCUCUGAGGUGUAACCUUCAACACCCGAACCCAAGAGGCGGAGGGCCGCUGAGGUGGAACCUUCAUCACCCGAACCCAAGAGGCAGAGGGCCGCUGAGGUGAAACCAUCAUCACCCGAUCCCAAGAGGCGGAGGGCCGCUGAGGUGAAACCAUCAUCACCCAAACCCAAGAGGCGGAGGGCCGCUGAGGUGAAACCAUCAUCACCCAAACCCAAGAGGCGGAGGGCCGCUGACGUGGAACCUUCAUCACCCGAACCCAAGAGGCGGAGGGCCCCUGAGGUGAAACCGUCAUCACCCAAACCCAAGAGGCGGAGGUCCGCUGAGGUGAAACCAUCACCCAAACCCAAGAGGCGGAUGUUGAGUAAGCUGAGAACAGGCCAUUGCACUCAAGCCUGAGCAAUAACAAUAUAACUGAGUAGAAGAAAAUUAAAAAGUCAACAAAACAAAACAAAACCCACACUCCAAAAACAAACUAACAAAGUAUAAAUAAAUAAUAUAAAAAUAAAAUAAGUACGGCAGUC